AUGGCCGAGUACAAAUUUGCCAAUUCAUCACAAGAAGUCCCCAGGAAUAGCCUGGGGAACCUUCCCACCCUAUUCCCGAUCCAAACGGACCCGGAUACAGACGUGUGGAGCAAACCAUCGUUAGAGGAAGCGUUCAACGCGCCGAUAUUAUAUCGAACCAUGCCUUUGAAAUCGUUCAAGCGAGCGAGGGUCGCCUUCAGUGCCAACUGGAAGCAUACCUACGAUCAGGGGGGACUUAUUCUGGUCCUCAACAAGACCGACGGGACCCGGAAAUGGGUCAAAACCGGCAUCGAGUAUACACACGGCCGGCCCCAUCUCAGCACAGUCGCCAAGGAUCGGUGGGCAGAUUGGAGUCUGCAGGGAGUGCCUUCAGGUGGUGGGGCUGCCACCUUGGAACUCGUCAAAGAAGACAGCAACUUAUGGAUUUACUUGGUUGAGGGCAUCCAGAGGGUCCCCCUCCGGGAGGUGACCUGGGUCUUCGAGGACCUGGAUGUUGAGGAUCUCUGGGUGGGCGUCUAUGCAGCGAAGCCUAGUAAGGAGGGAGGCAGAUUGGAGGUGAACUUUGGCCAUCUGGUAAUCGAUACAAGUGAUUGA